ACUGUGCAACCCUUACUAAGGUAUGGCUUCCUCCAGUCCUCGCCUCAAUGGCGCUUUUUUAGCUGCCAAGCAGGAAUUUCUGAUGUCGGUUGGCGACCCUGCCUUGUCCAAAUCCAUCUCUACAAUAACUUCUAUUGAUGACAUAAACGGGUUCCUUUUACAGCUCGAAGAAGCCCAGUCAAAGACUCAUGGGCUUCGCGAUCUACAGAGAAUCAAGCCAUUCCUUGACGGACUGGAACAAUUUGCGGGGGUGAUCGAGCAAUUUGUCUCAAUAAAGCCAGAAAUUGGUGCCGUAAUAUGGGGGCCGAUAAAGCUCUUGCUAAAGGUUGCAGACAACACCUUAGCGUCGUAUGACGCGAUUGUCAACACCAUGGGCCUUAUUGGAGAGAGACUUCCUUUCUUUCAACAGUAUACAGACUUGUUCAAAGAAAGCGACAGAGUGAGGGAUGUUCUGGUGUUGUUUUAUCGCGACAUCCUCGACUUCUACGCAAUUGCUCUCAAAUUCUUUAAAGCAAAGCACUGGAAAACUGUGUUCGGAUUUGCCUGGCCAAGGCACAGAGAGAGAAUUAAUAUUGUAGUUGACAAUAUAGAGCGACAUUCUCUUCUAUUGACAGCUAGUGUGAACUUUGAGCAUAUUCGUGAAGCGCAUGACGCUCGAAUUGAGGAAUUCAGGAAGUGGGAAAAAACGUUCGAAUUCCAGGAGGAACAGAGUUUAAGAGGAAUCCAAACCGAUAUUUCACCCACGCUUUACGACGAGGAGUUAGAUCGAUUGCGAAUGUCAACCUGUGCCAGAACAGGCAAAUGGCUAGCUAAAGAAAAAACGCUGAAUUACUGGUUCGACAAGAAUAAUUCAACCUCUAGAUUGGUAUGGCUUCACGGAGGCCCAGGAGAGGGCAAAACUUAUCUAUCAUCUAUGAUCAUCGAGAGAGCAAUACAGUCUUCACACACGACGCUAUUUGCAUUCCUCAGCUACCGACAAGCAAGCGUAAAAACUAUUUCAAUCUUUCACUCGCUUAUAUUUCAGCUUGUCACGAGCGACGAAAUCGACAAGACACUCAGACGAGACCUGCGGGCACGAUUGCACGAGAUAUUCCUGUCCAGUCAGCGAAGUCUCAAGAGCAAUACAAAAUUUGUCUGUGAAACCCUAUCCGAAUUACUUAAAUGUGUUGGACAGAGUCAUAUCAUCAUUGAUGGGUUAGACGAAAUCGUGGAGCUCGAGAGGGGGAUCAUCACGGGCGAACUUCUGAAAAUACUUCAAGAGUGUCCCGAGGUUAGAAUUUUGAUCAGUAGCCGACAUGAGGACGAUCUUAGGAUGGCUCUAAAUGUCAGCAAAUACAAAGCCAUUCGGGCAGCUGACAAUAACAGUGGGUGUAUUCAAGCUUAUGUGUCUAUAACCACACAAGAAUGGCUGGAGGAGACAUCCUUCAACGAACUAGAGCGGACAGAAAUCAAUCGCUCGGUAGCUCGCUUAUCUUCCAAGGCCAGAGGCAUGUUUCUCUACGCGAGGGUUGUGAUGGACCAUUUGAAAAUGUGCCAUAGCCUGGAAAUGAUCCAAAGAGAACUAGAGGUUCUCCCAGAAAAUUUACAUGAAGCAUACGCCCGCGUUCUCCAACGCCUCAAUGAUCUUCAUCCAACAUCAAAAGACCUAUGCCGACGAGCUUUGGGCUGGAUUGGAUGCUCUUCUAUCCCCCUACAACUGCAGGAGCUUUCUUUUGCGCUCAGUAUAAUCCCUGGCUCCGAAUCGAAUCUUCUUGGCUCCCCGACCUCGAUCAAUGUCCUACGAUUGUGUGGCCCUAUUGUCGAGGUGUGUGGAAACUAUGUUCAAUUUGUGCAUUUCACAGUGAAAGAAUAUCUCUUCAAUCUGCCAACCGCGACUUUCGUGCAAAGCCUGGAUGCAACUCUAGAUAUCGCCCUAACGGUCUUGACUUAUCUUUCCCUCGAUAUAUUCGAUGUCGAUAUAAGCGAAGAGCAGAUUUCGAGGAAUAUAAUCACCGGGGCAUAUUGCUUACAUUGGUUUGCUACGUUCCAGUUGCUAGAGAUUUUGAACAGAUCCCUCGAACUUCUCGAUGGCCGGCCUCCCCCGGCAAAGCUCAUUGAUCUCCUGGAACGUUUUAUCGAAGAACGCGAAAAUCUUGAUUUUGAGGGAGGCUCUAGUUCAGUAACUAAAAAUGCCACAUUUGAACCCCUGAAAGACUUGCCCCAUAUUCGCGACUUUCUUGGCCAUUUUGUUGCACUCUGCCAACUUGACACUGGCACUUGGAAGCUCGAGUCCCCCUAUGACCCUUUGAGCACCCAGCUACGGGUACCCCCAUGGACAAAAAGAGACCCAACAACACUUUCGUUCACUUCAUGUGUCCUUCACCAAAAGUUCGAACAGAUUCUGUGCCAUGGAAAAGAGCAUAUGGAGCGCUGUAACUGUGAAAUCCUGCAAAGAUUAUAUGGAACACGUUUGUUUAGAUGCCACUACUCUCUGUGUCAAUCCUGGAGAACUUCAUUCGAGGCUGAAGUUGACAGGGAAAGUCACUGCAAAAACCACGACAGGCCUUUCACUUGCCCGUAUCUCGGGUGUGAAUUCAACACUCUUGGCUUUAUCUCUGAUUCGCAACUGCGCAGGCAUCAAGCGCAAUGCCAUGCCACGGCGCCUCGGAAGCAAAUAUCCGGCAUGGAGGACCCAGAUCCGGAUGAGCUUAUACCUUUAUUGUUUGAUUUGAUAUCAUUGGGUAUGGUUAACGAGAUCAAACGGCUCUCCACGCGAAUUUCACAGCUGGACCCCAAUACCCAAUAUUCUUUGCUUGCCGAAUCCUCCCGCUGUGGUUCAAUUUCAAUGGUUGAGAGCAUUUUCAAGUCGUGUACACUUACUGCCCACCAGGCCACCCUCGUCAUAUCCGAACAAUCCAUUCAGCAUGGGAACUCGGAGGUUUUCGCGUGGAUUGCGCCAAUGGCCAAGGAAAAUGCGCGAGGUGACUCGUUGAGAAAAGUUUCGAUAUAUGCUAUCAAUACUGAUUCCCCAGCUAUUUUUGACACUUGGAAAAGUGUCUUUUCUGACGCCUUGUGCUCUUAUUAUCCCAGGAAACAUGGAGCCCCUUAUUGGGAUCUGGAGCUUGCGUGGCAACCAUACACAAUCAUGGAUACCCUUAUUGAAGAGAUAGAGGACCCAGUCAAGCAGGAACGGCUCGCAGAUAUUUGGAGAGAACAGGCUGCUAAAAACUACUUUGACAAGUCCCAGCUUGGAAAUGCAUUAUUGGCAGUAUCCAGAACAACAUGCUCCAUCCCCCUCGCAAGGGCGCUCAUUGAAGUGGGUGCCGAUAUAAACUUCCAAGAUAUCCCACCGCCUGAAGUCAAAUUGGGGACUUAUGCACAAAAAACGGUGAAAUCCCCUUUGCAUGAAGCAACAUUGAAGGCUACAUCUCAAGCUGCCACUUUCAUCAAGUUCCUCCUUCUGCAGGGAGCAAACCCGGAUUUAGAUUGCAAUACGAAGAAUUUGAUGUAUCCAAACAAGGCAAAUCCAUCAACAAUCAAGACGCCUGGGAUGAACAAUGGAGCGAAACGGAUUGCGAAAUGGCUAGGUAUGGAUUGGAAGGAGUUGGUAAAGUGGGCAUCUGAACAGAGGUUGCAUUGCUCAAACAAUUGAAUUUCCUAUCAAGUUGAACAUGUGCUAUAUUUAAUUCCUCACUAAGCAAGACUCGAUCUUCAAGGCAAUUCUUUCGGCAUUCGGAAGUUAAUAUCAAAGUUUG